AUGGAGGUGGGGAUGAGAGUUUCACAAGUUGAAGAAGAGUUUGAAGAACAUAAUCUGAAUAUUGAAGACGAAUCAAAUGAGACACAUGAGGAUCAAAACGUGGAAGACGGUGAAAGCGAAAAUGUCACUUGUUUGAAUUUGAGCUUUAGUGAUCCUGCUACUUGGCCAAAUGCAAUGAUCAAGUCUGACAAAUUCUGGUGGAACAUGGGCCGGAACAAGUUCAGCAGUUCGAUUUUCCCAAAGAUAGUAAGCAAAGAAAAUUCUCGACAAUUCAUUACAAACGUAGACUUGUUAAUGGAGAAGAAAUGCACCGUCAGUGGCUGCAGUAUUCCACAUCUAGUGAUUCUGUCAUUUGCUUCUGCUGCAAGUUGUUUGGCAGUAGUACUAUUGGCACAUCAUCUCUUUCUGAAAAAGGCUCAAAGGAUUGGAAAAAACAUGUCUGCAAUUCUUUCACGGCACGAGAAAAGCAGUGAACAUUUGACGAACAUUCAAACAUGGAAGGAACUUGAACUGCGAUUGAAAUACAAGAGAACAAUUGAUGAAGAACAUUUGCGCUUGAUUAAGCAAGAAGAAAAGUAUUGGCAGCAAAUACUAAAACGUCUGAUUGCUUUGGUCAGAGUUCUUGGUGUGCAAAACCUGGCCUUUCGGGGAACACAUGAAAAACUGCACACUUCUGGUAAUGGGAACUUCCUCAAAUUUGUCGAAUAUCUAGCUUUGUUUGACCCACUUAUGGAUGAGCAUCUUCGCAGGAUUAAGGACCAGGAGAUGCAUGUACAUUACUUAUGGAAAGACAUACAGAAUGAGCUUACAGCUUCAGAGAACGAGAAUGAGACUGAAUCAGUAUGCAUAAAGGAACACUUCUUGGGAUUUGUGUUGCUUAUGGAGACAACUGGAGCUGGUAUGACAGAAACUAUUCUUCACCAGUUAGAAGAGAUGUCAUUGCCUAUAGAAAACUUGCGUGGUCAAGGCUAUGACAAUGGGAGCAAUAUGAAAGGGAAAGAAAAUGGUCUUGGUGACAUCUAUGAUGCUCUGAUAGACAUCUGUGAAGACACUACUCUAACAGGAUCAUCUGGCAAUACAUCACGAGUUGAUGCAAAGGCUCUUAAAAAAGCCAUUUCUAAGUUUCUUGUUUCUCUUGUUUUGUGGUAUGACAUAUUGUUUGAGAUCAACAUGACUAGCAAACAACUUCAGGCAAAAGAAUUCGACAUAUGUGAUGCCAUUAAUCAACUUGGAGAAACCAAGAAGUUUUUUGUGGGCUGCAGAAGUGACGCAGCCUUUGAGAAAACAUUGGUAGAUGCAGGUGAACUUGCGGAGGAGUUGGAUGUACCAGCACUUUUUGAACCAGAUCCAAUCCGUAUUAGAAAGAAGAGGAAGCAGUUCACAUAUGAAGCAGACGACGAACCUAUUUAUAAUCCGAAAGAAAAAUUCAAAGUGAACUUUUAUUUUGCAGUCAUUGACACAGCAAUACAUUUGAUUAAAGAAAGAUUCACACUGAUGCAGCAAAUUAGUUCAGUAUUUGGCUUCAUAUACGAUGUUUACAGUUUGCAAAAUAAAACACCAAAGCAAAUUAUGGAACAUUGCUUGAAUCUGGAGCAAGCUUUGCAAAAUGGUGAAUCCAAAGAUAUUGAUGCCUUUGACUUGUGCAGUGAAUUGCAAGCUAUUGCAAGACGAGUCCAAAGGAGUUAA